GACCCCUGUCUCUUUAAAUGAAUUUCCAUCUAGGAAGAUUAAGGACGUCCUUCUGAGUACUUUAAAAAGGUUAUCUAUUUGUGCUGAGGGAAGAGGUAGAAAAUUAGGGAAGCAAUAAGAUAACCUCUGUUUUGGAGAGAUUCCCAAAGUCCUGCUAUCCUCAGAAAUUCUCAUGUUCCUCCCCAAGGACAGAAAAAUCCUCCUUCCCGUCUAAUCUCCAUCUCUCCUAUUGCAAUGCUAGCCACUCCCUCUGCCCUCAUGGAGCCCAGCCUUUCCUCUGGCCGCAGACAAAAUCCCUUUAGAGUCCUGCAGUUUGAACUAUUGAGAGAGAUUCCAUUUCAACCUUUCCACCAUCCGUUGUCUGCCCCUCACCCUAUUCUCUUCUCUUGGAGAUGUCAAUUCCUGUUCUGAGCCCGCCCCCCACCCAGGCCCUUUUCCGGUGGUAUGUGCCAGCCGGUCCUGCAUCCCACAUCCCCAGCUGUUGACAUUUCAUUGCCAUUGCCCACAGAAUAAAGAAAGGGGCCCUGUUAUUCAACAAUAGGGGAAAAGAGAGAGACAAUGGGAAAUUGUGCUUCCGAUGGGGUGGGGACUGAGAAGGGAAGGAUAGACAGACAGACAGGGGGCUGUAAAGAAGAGGUCAGGUUUCCUGAAGCAGCUGGAAGUCCUGGAUGGUUCCCACCUGAGAGUCCAUUCGCAAAGGCAAUGUGCACUCAGGCACCAGAGGGCAGAGGACAGAAGCUUUUCCUCAAAGGUGCAAAAGGAGAAACUGUGUUGAUCAGGUACUCAAGUCCCAGAAUUUUAAGGUGCUUGGAACUCUCAGGAGCCUGGCAACAGCUUCUUCCGGAACCUCUUCCUCAAGCAAGGCAAAAAGCUGCUAAGCACUGCUCCUUCCAUCUCUGGGAAGAGACCAGACAGUUCCUGGCUAACUCUCCAUCAUGCCAGGCUGGCUCACCCUCCCCGCGCUCUGCUGUUUCCUGCUCCUUUGGGCCGUCACCGUCUUCCAUAAAGCCCAAGGAGACCCAGCAUCCCACCCCGGCCCCCACUACCUCCUGCCCCCCAUCCACGAGGUCAUUCACUCUCAUCGUGGGGCCACGGCCACGCUGCCCUGCGUCCUGGGCACCUCGCCUCCCAGCUACAAGGUGCGCUGGAGCAAGGUGGAGCCCGGGGAGCUCCGGGAAACGCUGAUCCUCGUCACCAACGGACUGCAAGCCCGGGGGUACGGGCCCCUGGGAGGGCGCGCCAGGAUGCGGAGGGGGCAUCGGCUAGACGCCUCCCUGGUCAUCGCGGGCGUGCGCCUGGAAGACGAGGGCCGGUACCGCUGCGAGCUCAUCAACGGCAUUGAGGACGAGAGCGUGGCGCUGACCCUGAGCCUGGAGGGUGUGGUGUUUCCGUACCAACCCAGCCGGGGCCGGUACCAGUUCAAUUACUACGAGGCGAAGCAGGCGUGCGAGGAGCAGGACGGACGCCUGGCCACCUACUCCCAGCUCUACCAGGCGUGGACCGAGGGUCUGGACUGGUGCAACGCGGGCUGGCUGCUCGAGGGCUCCGUGCGCUACCCUGUGCUCACCGCGCGCGCCCCGUGCGGCGGCCGAGGCAGGCCCGGGAUCCGCAGCUACGGGCCCCGCGACCUGAUGCGCGACCGCUACGACGCCUUCUGCUUCACCUCGGUGCUGGCGGGCCAAGUGUUCUUCGUGCCCGGGCGGCUGACGCUGUCUGAAGCCCACGCGGCGUGCCGGCGACGCGGCGCCGUGGUGGCCAAGGUCGGGCACCUCUACGCAGCCUGGAAGUUCUCGGGGCUAGACCAGUGCGACGGCGGCUGGCUGGCUGACGGCAGCGUGCGCUUCCCCAUCACCACGCCGCGGCCGCGCUGCGGGGGGCUUCCCGAUCCCGGAGUGCGCAGCUUCGGCUUCCCCAGGCCCCAGCAGGCAGCCUACGGGACCUACUGCUACGCCGAGAAUUAGUGUCACCGUGUCCUCUCCAGCGCGCCCGAAAAAGCGUGGGAGUCGUAGCUGGGUUCGCUCGCCACCCCUUUCCGGAGCUCCAGACCGGGAGCGGCCUCUGCAGACCUGCCUUUCCAGCGGGUGCUGCGGGCCCCGGACUCCGGCUGGCCCGGCGACGUGAAGGGGAAGCGGGUGCGCCCCCGGCGGCGAGGUGCGGCGGUGACCCUCGGACCCGCUGAGGUUCGCGCGCCCCCGCAGUGGGCUCAGCCGCCGGUGGGCGGGAGGGGAGGCCGGGGGUAUUAACGGCAAUAAAAUAACCUGGGGACCUUU